GGCGCUCCGGGCAGAAUGGAAACAGCCGACACAAGGGGAUGGGGAAGGGGGAAGAUGCACCGGGCUCAGGCCAGGCUGCAGGGCCAGAGGAGGAGGAGGAGGAGGAGGAGGAGGAGGAGGAGGAGGAGGAGGAGGAGGAGGAGGAGGAGGAGGAAGCUGAGGUGCAAGCAGGGUCCCAGCGGUGAGGACAGCCCGCUCCCAGGGCGAUGCGGGACCGCUCUCAGCGCUCCCCCCGCGGGACAUUCGCGGUCUGAGCGCACCGAGCCUGCAGAAAUCCGAAUUCCAGCCCGUAUUCAGCAGCGUCGGGACCUCAAGGAGGGGAAAAUACCCAAAUACAAAAGUCCCUGGGGUUGGUCAGGGAAGCGAAAUGACUUUGGCAGCGGCCACAGAGCAGCGGAGCGGGGGGAGCGCGGUGGCCGCAGCGGCCCCCAGGGUCCCACAAUGCCCGGUUGUUGUCCCCAUGAGCGGCCGGAUUCCCGCAGAAAGGAGCUUUCAGUGGCGAUAUUCGAAAGUUCAACCUCUCAGCAACGCAAGGUUUGCUGCUGGGCUGUGCAGGCACAAAGGGACAGUGUUUCCUCGGGAGCGGAGGUUUCGUGCUGGAACACGGCGCUCCCACUCCCGCACAGAAGCCGCCCGAGCGGAAUCCCGGCGUUAUCCAGGCGGGAUGGCAUUCUUCCCUUACCCCCGUGUCCUGUACUCCCGAUCUCACAUCCCCGGUUCCUCCUGUCAUCCUCGGCUCCCUGCUCUCCUCAUUCCCGAUGCUCGCGGGUCCCCCGUGCCCGUUUUUCCCGGUUUCCCGGUUUCCCCCGUGCCUCAGUGUCCCUCUCCCCGGCCGUGUCCGCCCGCUGCCAGGUGUUGCCGUCCGCUCCUCCUCCUCCCCACCCCGGGCCGUCCCUCCUCCCUCGGGAAAGCGAAAGCGCGGCGGGCGGAAGCCGAGCCCUCCCCCGGGCCGGUCUGGGCCGCACCGGGACCGCGCCGGGACCGUACCGGGACCGGGACCGGCACCGACACCGCUCCGGGACCGCUCCGGGACCGCGCCGGGACCGGCACCGACACCGCACCGGGACCACCAUGGCUUCCAUCAGCAGCUUCUUGCGACGGAGCCUGCGGCGUGCCGGCCGCAGAGAAGGAAAAGAUGGGGCCUCUGCUGCAGAAAACGCCCCCCCACAGGUACCACAGGGGAAGCUGGGAGAGCGGAGCUCGCUCUUCUACUCUGCUGGACAGUUCUUCUUCGAGUACCUGGUGGUGGUGUCGCUGAAGAAGAUGCCAGAUGGACACUAUGAACCCAAGAUAACCUACCAGUUCCCAAAGCGUGAGAACUUGCUGAAGGGCCAGAAGGAGGAGGAGGAACGUCUCCUCCAAGCCAUCCCCCUCUUCUGCUUCCCUGAUGGCAACAACUGGGUGCCUGUCACUGACUUCACCAGUGAAACCUUUUCUUUUGUCCUGACAAACGUGGAUGGCAGCAGGAAGAUCGGCUACUGCAGGCGGCUGCUGCCAUCGGGGCGUGGUGUCCGGCUCCCUGAGGUUUUCUGCAUCAUCAGCUGCCUGGGCUGCUUUGGGCUCUUCUCCAAGAUCCUGGACGAGGUGGAGAAGAGGCGCCAGAUCUCCAUGGCAGUGAUCUACCCCUUCAUGCAGGGCCUGCGGGAAUCGCCCUUUCCAGCUCCAGGGAAAACUGUCACAGUCAAAAGCUUCAUCCCCGAGUCAGGCACUGAGCUCAUCGAGCUCACACGGCCUGUGGAUGCCCACCUGGAGCACGUGGAGUUCCAGGCUCUGCUCCAGCGACUCAGCCCUCACCUCAUCUUGCACAUCUUCGCCUCUGCCACGCUGGAGCGGCGGCUCAUCUUCCUGGCUGAGGAGCUGAGUGUCCUGUCCCAGUGCAUUCACGCCGUGGCUGCUCUCCUGUACCCCUUCACCUGGGCUCACACCUACAUCCCCGUGGUCCCCGAGUGCCUGCUGGACACCGUGUGCUGCCCCACACCCUUCAUGGUUGGCAUCCAGAUGCGGCACCUGCAGCGGGUCCUGGAGCAGCCGAUGGAGGAGGCUCUGAUAGUUGAUCUCUGUGAAGGGAAGAUCAUCCGGGCGGUGGGAGAUGAGGAGGAGAUCCUGCCCGGGAAGCUGCAGAACGAGAUGCUGACGUCUCUGAACAGGCACAACAACAACAACAACGUGCACACCUCGGAGCAGCUGAAUGCCCUGGUGUCAGAAGCCUUUGUGCACUUCUUUGUGCGGCUGCUGGGGCACUACAGCUCCCACAUCAAGUGGGGCAGGAGCGGCUCCGGCAGCUUCCAGGAACGAGCCUUCUGCAAGGCCAUGCCCUCCAAGAGCUGCCGCAGAUUCCUGAAGAAGUUUGUGAAGACCAACAUGUUUUCCCUAUUUAUUGAGGAGGCAGAGAAGAGCAGGAUCCCACAGGAAGCGUAUUUCCAGCAGAAAAUAAAAGAGUACCACGAACAGAAGAAGCACCGAAGGGACUCCUGAGGUCCAGCCUGGGAGCAGAGGAGCAGGACUGGGAUUGACACGUCCCUGCCAGCAGCAGCAGCACACUGGACACUGUUCCUGCCCACCUGGGACUCCUGCACUGCCUGGGCAGCCCCACUGAGCACCAGUUCCACCCUUUCUUCCUCAGGGCAUCACUGCACUGGAAACUCUUUGCACAGAACUAGUGCCAGGCUGGGAUUUCUUUCCCAGUCGUGGUUGCUCCAGGAACAGACUGUGACUCCCAGUGCUUGGCCCUUCACAGUCCCCCCAGCACCUCACACAGAGGGAGGGCAGCCAGAGCUGGCUGCAGGACAACAGGGGUUUAGAGUGAUUAUUAGAAGGGGAAAAAAAGAGGAAUGAGUAGGAAAUAGCGUUACUUCUCAUUAAAACAAACCAGGGGUGUGUAAAUAAGGAACAUCCCAUUGCACAAUUCCUGAGGUUUUGUUAUUAACAACUGUUUUAUAUUGUUUUAUUGAACCAUUGUUAAACACCAGCAGGAGCAGGUGGAGGGGGGGCAGUGGUUUCCUCUCUUGCAGCUGCUGCAUCACUGGUGCCACACAGAGCAGAGUUUGGCUAAGGAAACAAAAAUACUCAUUUCCAGCAGGUUAUUUAUUUGUGCUGGAGCAAACUGUGAAGGCAACGUGGUGGUGGGGUGUCAAGGGGGAAACAGCU